UAAAAUUAACUGGUGUAGGUGAUUUAGCUACAUGCGCCUUCUGUGGUUAGUUUGCAGUAAGGACCGAUAACUGGUGAACACUGGCUUGGGAUAUUGCUUUUCCUUGAGUAGCUCUGGUCGUGCAAUGAGUGUACCACAAAAAAAAAAAAGCAAUACUUAUCGUCACCCCUAAAGGAAUCGGCACUUCAGGGCGUACAAAGGUCCAAAUGUGGGCGGGUUUCAUUGGACUUCUGUGAGCGGUGGGCGGGAACACACCAUUCGUCAUUUCAAUGGGUUUCUUAUGCGAAAGGCGGUAUCGAAUGACAACGUGCGUUUUGAUUGGUUGCGAGGCGUUGCUAGGGGCGUGGAAGAGAUGUGUAAAAAUGGUAGCCGAAUGCAAGCAGUUUCCAUUGAUUAGCUUUAAAUUGUGAGAGACCAGAAGAAAAUGGACAAUAUCGGAGUAUUUUAGUUUAAAUAUUGAGGUGAAAUGACUGGACAUACACAUAUAAAAUUGUACACGUGUUUAAAAUUCUGUUCACAGUUCGUAAUUUCGAUAAGUGGGAUAGAAGCCAGUGCAAUUUUAUUUACAUUUUUGCGUAUUCAGAAGGACAAGAGAACGAACACAGACAAGCUGCUGCCGCUGAGGAUAAAACGCUUGAAGCCGAAGAACACCAGGCACACAGAGGAAAAGCUAGUCAAGUCAAUAAUAUUAAUACAAUCUCCUUAAGUAUAUCUUUACUUGAAAACAUAUCUGUAUAUAUAUAUAUUCAUUUUUUUAGUUUUACAAUAACUUAGUUAGGUAAUACUGACUAUGUAAGUGUAAAUGCCAAUAUAUUUGUUAUGCUAAAAAUAUAUGGUAAUAUACGAACAACUACGGGUCACAACGCGUUUGAAGCGAAGAUAAACUUGGCCUGUAUUUGUCAGAAUAUUUAUAACUAUGCAGUUAUUUUUCGAACGUUUUGUUGUUAAUUUGAAACUGGCCUCUGAAAUUGCUACAGUCAGUAAUUAUUAACGCUGCACAUCUCUACAAAAUUAACAAAAAUUAGGAGCAUAUAAUGAGGGUGAGAUGCUCUUAUGAUACAGUACUCCUACGACGAUCUCGGAAUUGAGAAUUUCACAUUAUCUUACAUACGCAAAAUACGGUUUUCAUAAAUUCUGGAUUGUGUUUUUUUUUUUUUUUUUUUUUUUUUGGUGGGGACGUUUUAAGUAGUAAAACUAUAUAUGGAUAAGAUUUUAUCUGUUCAGACGGAUGUAUUUGAAAUUGCUAUCCUGAUACCCGUGUUACAUCAAACUGCGUCAGUGUCUCCUGAUUUUGCAGGUACUGAGCUGCUGCUACUGUUUCUGAUAAAUCGGGAAUAUCAAACAUACAUACUAAAAUCACCUGCUGAAAUGGAAAGGGGAGGCGAGUCUAAUUCAAAUCCUCCGCUGGGUGGUAAAUUUCCAUCUGUUCCCAAUUCCGACUGUGAACGUAACAUUAAUAUUAAUCACGCCGUCAGUGAUAACAAUGUCAAUAACAUGGACACUGCUGCAGUGCCGAGAGGGGGAAGCGAUCCUAGCGCUUAUCCUCUAUCACAUCAUCAUAGGCUUGUCAAUCAGCGGUUUAGAAGGAGAAGUUUGUGGUUUUCUGACUCCGAAGAACAAAGCUUUGAUUCACCCGAAUGUGACAAUAAAAACAAAAUUCAAAAUCUAAAUCUGCGGACAAUUGUAGGCAGGACAGUGGGGACUCAUAGUUGCGUGCAGGAGGGCUCCAGCACCGAGAGUCAAGGCGGACAAAAAGACAGUGCAACGGAAAGCGUUAGUGCAGAUGAGGAGAAAGCUGAAGUCGAACAGAAAUGCAACGCUGUCUUGCCUGAAAGUACCAAGAAUGUGGGGAAAUCGGCGAGUGAGGAGACUGAAGAAGAGGCUGGGAUGAAAGCAGUUUCCACAUCUCCAGGGGGCAGGUUUCUUAAAUUUGACACCGAGCUUGGAAGAGGGUCGUUCAAGACCGUCUACAAGGGAUUGGACACAGAUACCUGGGUUGAAGUUGCUUGGUGUGAACUUCAGGACCGCAAACUGUCAAAGGUAGAGCGGCAGAGGUUUAAGGAGGAGGCAGAAAUGUUGAAAGGCUUGCAGCACCCAAACAUUGUUCGAUUUUAUGACUCCUGGGAAUCCUCACUCAAAGGAAAGAAAUGUAUUGUGUUGGUUACUGAGCUGAUGACAUCUGGAACUCUCAAAACAUAUUUGAAGAGAUUUAAAGUGAUGAAACCAAAGGUUCUACGGAGUUGGUGCCGACAGAUUUUGAAAGGCUUACAUUUUUUCCAUACAAGGACUCCCCCUAUCAUUCACAGAGACUUGAAAUGUGAUAACAUUUUUAUUACUGGACCCACUGGAUCUGUGAAAAUAGGCGAUUUGGGCCUUGCAACUCUAAAAAGGGCUUCUUUUGCCAAAAGCGUAAUAGGUACUCCUGAAUUUAUGGCUCCAGAAAUGUAUGAAGAACAUUACGAUGAAUCUGUAGACGUGUAUGCCUUUGGGAUGUGCAUGCUGGAAAUGGCUACCACUGAAUAUCCAUACUCGGAGUGCCAGAAUGCUGCACAGAUUUACCGAAAAGUAACAAGUGGUGUGAAGCCAGCAAGCUACAACAAGGUUACUGAUCCGGAAAUCAAGGAAAUUAUUGGAGAAUGCAUCUGCCAAAAAAAAGAAGAAAGGUACUCCAUAAAAGACCUUUUAAAUCAUGCCUUCUUUGCGGAGGACACAGGGGUGAGGGUUGAACUCGCAGAGGAAGAUGACGGCAAGAAGUCCUCAAUUGCCUUGAAAUUGUGGGUUGAAGAUCCCAAGAAACUCAAAACGAAAUACAAAGACAACGGGGCCAUUGAAUUUACUUUUGAUCUGGAGAAUGAAGUUCCUGAGGAUGUAGCUCAGGAAAUGAUUGAGUCUGGGUUCUUUCAUGAAAGUGAUAUCAAGAUUGUUGGAAAGUCUAUAAAGGACAGGGUGGCAUUGAUCAAAUGGAAAAGGGAAAGAACAGUUCUGUUGCAGGUAAACAAGGAGCGCAGAGAUGGCGAUGGCUUAGAGAAGCAGAAGGCCCAACAAGCACAACUGCUGACCCCAGUUGUAGACGUUCUUCAAGUGGGACAGCCAGUCAUCUUGGAGCCUGAGGAGCCAGAAGCAGACCAGUAUGCCCACUAUCUGAAUCUUCCUGCCAGUGCCACAUCUGUUACAUCUGACAGUACAUUUGAGAGUGGCCUGGGUUCGACAGUGUACUCGGACUGUCAAAGCAUCCAGCAGAGUGUUGUCUACCCAUCUCGCAUGGACACCAUCCCAUCUGCUGUGCAGCAGGUCUGCAGCCCACCCCUGAGUGACACUCGGGGCCCUCCCUCCAGUCUACAGCACCACCAACAACAACAGCUGCAGCUGGGUUCCUAUCCACAACCUCCAGCACCUGGCUUUUCCAUGAUCCCAAACCCAGCUGCUGCCCUCUGUCAGCAGUCCCUGCAGCUUUAUCAGCAGCCAGCACAGCCAUUCCAUGUUCUACAGCCAACUGCAAUCCCCCCAGUGCAGCAUGGGCCAGCGCAGACCAUGCCUCCAUCCCAGCAGUUCCAAAGCUAUUUCUACACUGCAACAUUCCAGUCCCAGCAGCAUCUUAAAGCAAUGCAGAAUCUCCAACAGCAGGUUUCUGACAUGAAGCCACUUCACAUCUCCACGCCCCCCUCACAGCAGUUUCCAGUUAUUCCCCCUGCAACUCCCCUUUCUGGAUGUGACACUUUUGUUCCUUCUCGGCCUGAUUUCUCCAACGUUUCCUCUGUGCCAGCCUCUUAUUUCUCACCUGGCAAAACAGUAGCUCCUCCUUCAGUGAACCCUACAGUGUCUCACUCUACAACUAAAGUGACCCCUGCCAUGCAGGUGGGAAACCUGACUCAAACCCCUGAAUCUGUGGUCUUGCCAUGCCAAGGAUUGCCUGCGCCAGUGUCUUUGCUUGAUAUGGCUCUCCCUGGUGAUUCAGUUUUGCCAGCUCGGCAGCAAAUGCACCAAAUGCACCAAAUCACCCAGCAGCAGCAGCAGCAGCAGCAGCAGCAGAUGUGUCCCUUGCAGCAAAUAAUUCAGGCUGAGGUUCCACCCUUGCAACCUAUUCAGAUAGCACAGGCAGUGUCUCAGCAGCAGCAGCUUCCUUUGCUGCAGCAGUCUCUUCAGCAGAAUUUAAUUCCAUUUUCAGAGCAAGCUAUUUCUGAAGAUGAGCACUCCGGGCAGGUGAGUGCUGGACAGAUAUCCACUCAGUAUUCUUUUGAUUUGGGAAUGCAAGCAGAGACACAUUUUCAGACACCCACAAGAACUGCUCAGGCUCCAAUCGUGUCCCCACCUUUGCUUGAAAUGAUGUCUGCACCAGCUGGAGUGGAGCAGGUUGUGCAUCCCACUGGCAAGCAGACUGCAACAGCUGCCCCUACAAACAUAACCCAGCCACUAGGUCAGCAAACCAGGAUGACUGCACCUGCCCCUGCCCAGCCUGCAGCAGACAUUUGUCAAGAGGAGCCCAUACCAGAGAAACAGCUGCCACUACACAGUUGCUGCUAUGACAGUGUGAAUUCUGAUGCUGCAUCAGGUAAAGAGAUGAGUGAUGGCUAUGAAGGAAUUCAAGGUGGUGGAAAGCAAGAAGGAAAGUCAAGAAAACAUCACAGAAGGUCAACAAGAACUCGUUCCCGUCAAGAAAAAACAAGCAAGCCCAAACUGACCAUUCUAAAUGUUUGUAACACUGGAGAUAAGAUGGUAGAGUGCCAGCUGGAGACACACAAUCAUAAAAUGGUAACAUUCAAGUUUGAUUUAGAUGGGGAUGCUCCUGAAGAAAUAGCAAUUUACAUGGUCGAGAAUGACUUCAUCUUGCAGACUGAAAAAGAGACAUUUAUUGAGCAACUGAAAGAUAUAAUUGAUAAAGCUGAGGAUAUGCUGAGUGAGGAUACAGAAGGAGAAAGAAGUUCUGAUCAAGGAACCAGUCCGCUACAAGGACAUACCACUGUUUUAGAAAUGGGAGAGGUUUCAACAGAUCAGCAGUUGCGGGGCAGCCAGCCUGUUUAUCAGCAGAAUGUGCUGCAUACUGGCAAACGAUGGUUUAUUAUAUGCCCAGUGGAUGAAACGCCCACACCUGAGGUAAAGAAAAGCACUUCAUCUGCUUCAACAGCACAGCUUGCAACUGCUCAAGAGCCAGAAAAGCAAAUCAGUACUCGGGCAGUGCACUCAUCUGCUGCAGUAGCUCAGGCCCACUUUGACGUCUCUGAUGGCCAUCUCAGCACAACUACUCCUUUCACUACAGGCCCUGCUGGUGUCGCCCCCUCGACACCUUUAUCAGCUCCAUCAAUUGUUCAAUCUGCUGCUUUGCCGUCGACUGGUUCCCAAGUUAAGGAUCCGUGUGGGAGUACAGGAGAGCCAGAAAUCCGACAGACUCAACCUGUAGUGACCAACGGACCACUGAAUGAAAUUCUGAGCUCCGUUCCAAUUGAGGAGCUUUUUAGUUCACUCUCGCCCUUGCAGGCUGUGCAGCAAGUUGCUGAAAUUGCUUGUGCAGCUUCUGUUGCCGAUCUCCCCUGCUGCCCCAUCGUGCCACCUUCAUUGGAAAUUACUUCUACUUAUAGGGCCAUAUCCCCACCUUUCCCUAUCUCGGACCAAAUUUUAGACCAACCACCGGCUUGUGAGGCUGAAUCGGCCCAGCAGUCUGUGGUAUUGCAGCAGCCUUUUGCAGCCCAGAUUCAGGCAACCGUUGGAUCUACUGGAACAACGGCUUCAUCUCAGCCUCAAAGCCCAGCUCAAGCUCCUCAACAGUAUCUGCAACAGCAAGCGUCCGCUUCUGGGCUGUCUAGCACUCCACAGACUUCUGUGGUGGAGUCUGAUGGGGAAGGCCCUCCAAGGGUGGAGUUUGUGGACAAAACAAUCAAGACAUUGGAUGAAAAACUACGCACUUUACUAUAUCAAGAGUAUGUUCCUGCAUGCUCAGCAGGUACAUCUGAAACAUAUGAAUAUAUUCACUCUCCUCCUAUUAUUGAAAGUAUGAUAGCUGAGAUUGAAAAUAUGCCAUCAGGAAUCCCUGACACAGCUGGCAAUCAGAUGUCAAUUCCUGAUGAAGCGUUGAAUCAUCCUCUGUGUUCAUCAGAACUACCUGUGAAGGGUGGCAUCCAGACAGCAUCUGCCAGUAAAGUGACUUAUGAACAGAUGCCUCAAAUUCCAGAAAGAAGUGACAGCUUGAGCUGUGGUAAUGAAACUGACACACACUGGAAAAAAGGGUCAUUUGACAGUACAAGUAGAGGAGAGUUUCUUCUCAGCUUGGCCGCUAGUACACCAAGCAGCACAGCAAAGAGCAGGUUUCAGAUUAUUCCCACCCCCCCAGAUAUCCUCAUAAGGCGACUUGACCGAAACAAGAAGAGUAUCUCUCCAAGAACCAAAUGCAUGAAGAGUCCAGCACAGACACCUCUGGUGAAUGGGGUGCAUGGUUUAGACUUUCGAGAGAGCAAGACGACUGAGAAUGACUACAAUAACCUUGGUGCGCCAGCAGAGGGCUCUCCAAUCACAACUAUUGGCAGGUUCUCUGUCGUGAGCACCAAGGAUGAAGUAACUUUCAAGACACCUUGCAAUAACAGAUAUUCAGCACCUCCUGACUUCUGCAUGGAUGAACCUCCCUCCAGUCCCAAAAGAAAGUCUGUUCCCCGUGCUCAUACAUCUAUUCCUGUUGAUGUCACUGUCCACAGUCAUUCUACAGAUUCUGGGGAUGAGGUUAACAAACCCAAAUCUGCUGCUUCUGCCACAAUCCCGUGUUCUAGCACAAGUGAUCAUACCAGCAAUGAUCUGAUGAAAAAAGCUGUUGCUUUCUUAAGAAGAUCUGGAAAACACAGCAGUGUUCAGAGCCCUGACACUCUGAAUGGACAGGAGGCAAACAUUCCAACAAUAAGUAUUACCUCCUUCCAUUCUCAGUCCUACGUCAGCAGUGACAAUGAUUCUGAAUUUGAAGAUGCAGAUAUGAAAAAAGAGUUGCAGAGGCUCAGAGAAAAACACAUGAAGGAGAUCUCUGAACUACAGUCCCACCAGAGGGGUGAGAUUGAGGUGCUUUUCAAGAAACUUGGCAAACCUCUCCCCCCAACUCUGGGAUUCCUGCAUGCAGUGCCACCAACUGGCAGGAGGCGCAGAGCCAGCAAGUGCAAGCUCAAAGCUGGGAAGCUGCUCAAUCCUCUGGUUCAGCAACUUAAAAAUGUUACUGCUAAUACCAGUGAGCCACCUGUGAAUUCCACUGCUGCCUCGGCUAAAGACUCCGGUCUGGCUGACAGUACUCCAUUAACCACUGCAAGUACACUGCCUUCCUCCGCUACUGUCAUUCCAACUACUGAGCCUGUUCAGACACAGCAGCCCUGCUCAGUCAAAGGGUCUCUCUCCUCUGAAGGCAUCUGUUCCGGCUCAAUCAGCGAUGGGAGUGGAGCGCACAGCGGGCUCAGUCAAGGCUGGACGGUUUACCACCAAACACCCGAGAGAGUGACCUAUAAAUCUAGUAGCAAACCUCGUACCAGAUUCCUCAGUGGACCUGUGUCUUUGUCCAUCUGGUCUACCCUGAAACGACUUUGUCUAGGCAAAGAGCGCAGUAAUAGGUCCUCAAAUAAUGGUAGUUCGACUGUGCCGGUACAGAGCCAGCAGCCCAUGCCACAACAGCUGCAAGGACUGGUGCAGGCUCAAGCCAACAACAGCAACAACAAAAAAGGCACCUUUACAGAUGAUCUGCACAAACUAGUGGAUGACUGGACCAAAGAAACUGUUGGAGCCACACAUAUAAAACCUUCUUUAAACCAGAUAAAGCAAAAUAGACAGUGGGAAGAUAUGGAGCCCAAACCAAAGCAAGCUGUGAGUGAGGUGAAAUGCACGAGUAUACCUGGAACAAUGAAGAAGUACCAGAUUCCACUGUCAUGCCCAAUGACUGCUGCACUGGCUCCAGGGAUUUCACCAGCCAUGACUGGCAGCCACGUCGCUGGGAUGAUGCCUCCUUAUAGAAUGCCUGCCUGCCAGUUCAGAGGACCCAUUCCUGGGUCGGUGUAUGGAGUACAGUGGCCAGUCAUAACGGGUCCAGUGGCACAAGUCGCUGUGUUUGGGGCACCAGAUGUGCCCAGAUUUCCAUCCCUUGGAAAUGCAGCCUUGCAAGUUUAUCCUGUGCCACUACAGAAACCUAUUGUGAACCCACCAGGCCCCAAAAUGAGGACUACUUAGCUUAUAGUGUGUAUGCUGGUGAAAUGUUGAUAAAGCUUUGCUCUGGUGUGUAUUAGUUUUAUAGGGAACACUUCUGCUGUUGGAUAUGGUUCUGCUGGCAACUGAUGUAAGGCUGAUUUGAGCACAUAGCCAUACAUUGCCUCAUGCAAUCACUGUGAAACAAUUUCACAAAGUUAAGGUUAGUUUUGUCUUGGACAAUUUAUAGCUUCUUAAGUAUUAUUAAGACACUUUAUUAUGUUAUAUGCUUGUAUGCUAAAACACUAGUAACCUAAACAAGGUUUUCAAAGAAUUUGAACAUGAAUUUAAAAGGUUAUUUACCCUGAGGGAGUAUAGUGCCUUGAAUAAUGCUUUUCAGUUUCUGCUGGAAAGAGGUGUAAAUGUUUGAAAGAUAUAUAUUUUAUUUUGGCUUGUGUGUGUGUAAUAUAUAUCCUUUUCAGUUUCUUUUCAUUUUUAAUUUUAUUUAUUACAGAAAAUCUAAAAUACCUACCCAGCACUGCUUUUGCCACUGUAAAUUUAUUUAUUUUGAAUAAGUUUUUUUUUUUUGUUUAAUUGGCUACACUAAAAAAUGCAGUUUGCUUUUUUUUUUCUUGACCCAAAACAACUUUAAUAUUUUGUUCUGAAUGUAGGUUCUCACUUGCCAAAAAAAAAAAAAAAAAAAAAAAGUUUUUCCAUUUACUUUCACACCAGUACAACUGAUUCACUUGAAUAAAAGUCAUAAAAGGAAAUUAGAUUAAAAGAAUGCUUAGUUUAAGGGAUUGAAGACACACCAGACCAGAGCUACACUGAUACACCACAGUGCUUUUUAACACAGAGGGAGCUGGAAGCUGCUGGGGAUUAUAGUCUUUGUGUUUUUAUUUAAAUAUAUUGAUGUAUAGAAGAUUGCAACUGUGUAUGUUUGGUUUUUUUUUUCAGUCUUACAGUUGCACACAUUGGAACUGGUGUUCACAAUUCUCCAGAAAGUUUGCACAUUUAACACUUAAUAAAGCAAAUGCAUUUACAGCAGAUGGCACAGUGCUUUUUGUUAGUUUGGGUCUCUGCAAUCACCAGUGUUUUGAACAGAAACCAUUAUUAGUUCAUGUUAGUUAUUUCAGCAUAUUUUGCUACGUGGAAGUAUACAGCUUUACCCUGCUACCCAUUUAGUUUAGUACUUCAGUAUAAGACUGAUAACAUCACAUAGUUGUUUGGCACUGAACUGAUGACACAGUUGCAUGAUUUAAAUACAUGAACAUCAGAAAGGGGUCAUUUUAAUGUAUGUUGAACAAAUGCAUAUACUAUUCCUACAAAGGUAUGGUAUUCUUAAAAGUGUUACUGUAGGUUACUAAUGUGAAACAGUGUUCUCGCUACAUUAAAGCAGAUGUGAACUGUGCUAUUAUUUUCUAGGACUUUUACCAAUAAACCACAAUGGGCUCUAUUUUGAUUUAUUUUUCUUUCUUGUGACAUCUCCCUUGCAGGUAAUGUUUAUUAAAACAGUGCGAGAUCUUUGUAUCCUUUUAGUGCUAAGAGCAGUUACUUUUUUUUUUUUACUGAUUAGCACAUCUAGAAUGUUAACAGAUAAUCACUUAUGAAUGACUUGCAAGAUCUCUAGUUGAGAAAGCAGCCUGCUUCAUAAAUCCUGGGACAAACCGUUUAACUGCUAAAUAAACUAAAUGGCGCAAGAUAACUAAACUGUACCUGUAAAACUGAUAGUUUGUUCCUAUGUUUUUGACCAAAACAAAUGGCAAAACAUUGGCACAGGUUUACAAAUAACACUGUAUAAAGUCAAAUCUUAAUUACUUGGUAUUCUUUCAUGCAGUUACAUUUUAUACAUGCUGAAUUGCAGAGAUGCUUUGUGCUGCCAAGCUGUGAAUUGUAUAGUUCUACUGUACUUAUAACUGAUCUUAGUCUUCAGUUGUUUUGUUCUUACCCUUCAAUAUAUAUUCCAUCAAUUCGGUUAGAAUUGGAUUUUUAUAGACUAUUAUGCAGAUUCUUCUGCCUUUUGGCAAAUACUUACUGUAGUAAGAGAUUAAUGUUCUCUGUUACUUGACUUGCAUUUUUGUUUAUAUUCAUGUCUGCUUCAUGAGCAAACAUGGGGAACCUAUUUUUGAAAAUCAUUGAUGCUUGCACUAAAACUUGAUGUCUAAAUUACUUUUGCCUGUUGUAAACUCCUCUUAUGUUGACUGACAGUCGUUGGCACUCGAUCACAA